CUCAUCCUCUCCCUUGUACACAGUGUGAUAGAUGGCUGGUUCUCAGUUCUCUAUGGGACCUUGGUUUGGGGCUCUCCCAACUCUGCAGUUUAUUAAGCACAUCGCUUCUCAUCUCUGGACCUCUGUGACCACAUCAGAGGUUCCCUCCAACCAGUUAAUUCUGAUACUCAUUUAGAACUCUCAUGGCUGAGCUGGGGACGGGUAAGUGAAGUCCAGAACUGGGUUGAGAUGCUGGCCUCAUUCCUGUCCAUCUAAGCUUCUGAAAAUCCUUCAGGGAUGGAGAACUUGGAUCUUCCAUUCUUUUUUUGGUCCCGGGGAUCGAACUUGGGAACUUGCGCUUUCGAGGCAGGUGGUGGAACCACUGAGCUAAUCCCCAGCCCCUGGAUCUUCCGUUGUAAAGCCAGAGGAUUGAGUUCCACUUGGCAGAAACAGAAAUGGGUGUUUCUUAUAAUAAAAGCUGCAUCAGUUGAACUUGCAGUGCCAAGAUGCUGUAGUAUCCAGGCAUGCUCAGCAGUCUGUGUCCUGUAUGGCUGAAGAAAAGUGAAGCACAGAAGUCACCUGCCUGCAAGACAGAGAUUCUCUUCUUUUUGGGGACUCCUAAGGCAUCCUUGUUGUCUACAGCCUGUCAGAGCAGGGUCAUAACAGAGCUAUAGACUUACACCCUUGUAGCAGGUUUCAGUCUCACCCACCCCUUAAAGAGAGAAACAACCAGUGGAGGUAAAUGACAAAGCAUGUGACCCUGGAAACUCUUGGGUCUAGAUAAUUAUCUUUAUCCAAGUUCUUCCAACAGCUUGUCUAACCCAACCUCAAGUGUGUUCCUUUAUUUCUCACAGAAGGGAUAAAACAGCACUAUAUUACUACCACUGCAUUGCUCUUCUUCAAGAUCUCCUUCAACCACAUCACAACCCAAAGUGUAGAAAAAGCUGUAUCCCCAUGAGAUGAGAGCUGACAAGCUCCUUGGCCUUUCAGUUUAUAUAAAGUGACAUCAGAGGUGGCAGAUGGAAUCAGGGAGUCAACACAGUGUAGGAAAUGUAAGGGUUGGCUGUCCUAUCUUCAAGGGUUUGCAGUUCUUUCUUGAUGGGCAUAGUGGUGCAUACCUGUAAUCUCAUCACUCGGAGGCUGAGACGGGAGGAUCACAAAUUCAAGCCUAGCUGGGCAGUUUAUUUAGCCUAGCUAAUUAGCUAAUUGGCUCAAUUUAGCAAUCGAAAACCUGUCUCAACUAAAAAGGGUAGGGGGAGAUGUAGCUCAGUGCAGUCCCUGGGAUCAAUCCCCAGUACCACAAAAGGGAGGGGCAAUUUGCCGUUCUUAUGGGGAAGGGGAAAUUGUGUACUGAAGGAAGAUGUAACCUUUUAUCUCCUGUUAACUAAACCAUCUACCUGAUGGUUAAACCCUCACUCUUUGAGCCCCUCAGAUGGAAAUCCUAGCCUGUCUUUUAGUAACUAUUACAAUUCCCUUCAUCUUGUGAACAAGAUUUUAGAGGAACGGGAGCAGGGGGGAUUCAUAAGGAACAAAGCAGUACUACAGAUUCUUCAUUUCCUUACAGGGUAGCACGUACCCUCUGUCUGCCCACAGAUGGGAAAGCAAUCUUAUGUGGCUGAUAGGAGGGCCCAAAGAAUUCAAAUGACCCUCCAGCAGGUUUCAGCCCUUUCCUGGCAUAAAGGCUUGAGGCUAGAUGAGUGCUUGAGGAUAGAUAUAUAUUAAAACAUGGGGCUACUAAAAAACAGUGGCUGAGAAGGUAAGUCUAGUCCUUAAAGUAGGCCUAGGGAAAAUAGAACUGGGGAGGUUUUUGAACUUUAGGGAAAGGGUAUGGGCAAAUCUGUUUAUAGUUCAUCUUGACUUUACCUUUAGAUACCUAAAUUCCCCUCAAAUGAGUAUGUAGCAUGAGCAGAAACUGUCCCUUCGUGACGAUCCAGUGUUCAUCAUAGAUGAACAAUCAAAAUCAAAGAAGAGCAGCUCUGGGGGAUGGGAGGAGUUAGGGUCUGGCCCUGCCCUAGACCUCCCGUGUCCAAUUUCUCCAUGUCAGCUGUGCUGCUCAGCUGUCCACUUUCUUCCAGCCCUGUCAUUUCAGCUCUGACACCAAGCCGAGAGGCUAGGAGGCCUACAAAUACCGUCUGGGUAGCUGGUGUGAGUACGAAGGGUACUGGGGGGGCUUAGCCCCCAAGGAAGAAGCUCAGUCUUACCCUAGUACCAUCAGCAAGGCCUCAGGCCCUCCUUCCUCCUCCUACAGACUGUGGACUGAUUUAGGGAAUCCCAAACGAUGACAGAGGUGCUAGAGUCUCCUAAGCCCUCCUUGCCAGCAGAGACUCCGCAAAGUGGGCUACAGCGACUAAAGCAGUUGUUCAGGAAGGAGUCUCCAGAAACAAAAGAGAUGGAGCUUCCCCCAGAGCCCCAGGCCAAUGGUGAGGCAGUGGGAGCCGGGGGUGGACCCAUCUACUAUAUCUAUGAGGAAGAAGAAGAGGAGGAGGAGGAGGAGCCACCCCCAGAACCUCCUAAGCUUGUCAAUGACAAGCCCCACAAAUUCAAAGAUCAUUUCUUCAAGAAGCCAAAGUUCUGUGAUGUCUGUGCCCGGAUGAUCGUGCUCAAUAACAAAUUUGGGCUCCGCUGUAAGAACUGCAAAACCAACAUCCAUGAGCACUGUCAGUCCUAUGUGGAGAUGCAAAGAUGCUUCGGCAAGAUCCCACCUGGUUUCCGUCGGGCCUAUAGCUCCCCACUCUACAGCAACCAGCAGUACGCUUGUGUCAAAGAUCCCUCUGCUGCCAAUCGAAAUGACCCUGUGUUUGAAACCCUGCGUACUGGGGUGAUCAUGGCAAACAAGGAACGGAAGAAGGGACAGGCAGAUAAGAAAAAUCUUCUAACAGCCAUGAUGGAGGAGGAGCCAGAAUCAGCCAAGCCAGAGGAAGGCAAAGCCCAGGAUGGAAACCCUGAAGGGAACAAGAAGGCUGAGAAGAAGACUCCUGAUGACAAACACAAGCAACCUGGCUUCCAGCAAUCUCACUACUUUGUGGCUCUCUAUCGGUUCAAAGCCCUGGAGAAGGAUGAUCUGGACUUCCCGCCAGGAGAGAAGAUCAUAGUCAUUGAUGACUCCAACGAGGAGUGGUGGCGGGGGAAGAUUGGGGAGAAGGUCGGAUUUUUCCCACCAAACUUCAUCAUUCGCGUCCGGGCUGGAGAACGUGUGCACCGUGUAACAAGAUCCUUCGUGGGGAACCGCGAGAUAGGGCAGAUCACUCUCAAGAAGGACCAGAUCGUGGUGCAGAAGGGAGAUGAAGCUGGCGGCUACGUCAAGGUCUACACCGGCCGCAAGGUGGGGCUGUUCCCCACCGACUUCCUGGAGGAGAUUUAGGCUUGCGGGCGUCUGCAGGCAGGAGACACUCACCCAUUCCCCGUUCUGGGCGGGCCCAGUGGAGGCUGGGGAGGAAAGGGGCGAAAGCAACUAAGACUGCUGCUUGGGGGAGGCCCACCAGUGCAAGACGGAGUUUCUGGGAAGGGACUGGUUCCCGCCUCCGUCUCCCAGCCUAGGGCCUCGAAUACCUGGUGUCCAGGGCAGCCUUCACCCGCAACCCCUCAAGUCCAGCCUGCAAGAGCUGGAAAAGGAAUGUUUCUCCAGUAAGAUGCGCCGAGGGGUGUCGUGGGGACGAG